AUGGUUUCCAGCGUGAUAGGCUUACGACUAAGAUUGACUCAGCUCACGUGGAAGGGGCAAAGAUUCAAUGCGUUUCAAGGUGAGCCCAAAGCUACCAUGGCUUCAGACAGAAAAGAAGACACCUAUAGAGCCUCUUGUAGAGAUUUUGUAGCCAGAAAAUGUUCUUCAACAGCAGAUUACUGCAACGAAUUAUCUUGCAACGAAAUUUAUAGAAUAUGCCGGAUCUUGCAGCAUAUUUUGGACUCAAUCCUUAGAUCCGACAGUUGUCGCAGUACCCACAAGACAGAACACGAUUUAGAAAACUCCGCAUCUUAUCACAAUUCUGAGUAUGGAGACGUCAUUCUCAUAGCACCCGCCCGAGGAUUCCCGCAGUCAUUUUCAUGUAGAGAGCAGCAGCAGCAGCUGAUGGAGAUCAGUAGACGAUCACUCACCACUAGAUUCCAGCUCUCUGCUGAUAAAACACAAAUUGUAUUCAGAAAGCCGUACCUUAGUGAAGAAUACUAUGCUGUUACUCAUUUCAACAAUCAUGUCCUGAAGUGUUUCUUAUACGAGGGUGACUGUUUGGAUUUUUUUCGUGGGCAAGAAGCUUACAUUAAUACGUCGGACUUGUAUGAUACUCUGCAAUUUCAGAAUUGGUUGGUUCACGACAAAUCUGAAAACUGCGUUGCAGAUUUGCAGAAAAUUGACGGCAUCGACAUCAUUUUUUCGGCCAUGCAGAUCGUUUCAAAUGUCAGCGUUCUGAGCAUCCCUGCACAGCAAACCCUAGCUUACAGCUGCUUUGUUCGAAUCCAAAUCAAAGAACACUCAGUUCAACCCCUGGAUGCACCUCAAAUCCAUUGGACAAAUCUCUGUUCCGGUUACAACAGCACUCUGAGGCCCAAAGCAGACAUAAGGACCGGGAUACUUCCAGUUGACACGUAA